GAUGUAACGGGGGGUAAUCCUGCCGCAGUACAUUGUAAUCAAGCAGGAUUCGCCAUUUUACGAACUACAAAUCGCAGACGAUCAGAAUGAUUCUAAAACCUCGGACAUUUUUUCGGGCUAUAGUCGCUCUAUUUCUUUUCUCCGUGAUUUCGUAUUACUUGCAAGUAGUCAAACAUAUGAACAUGGUAGACAGUCGAUUUAUAGACAGAAGCCAUGGCUUUAAUCAAUUCAUGCUAGAAAACAUCACAAAUUUAGUAGCAGAAGGGAAGCCGUCGUCUGCUGGAGUUACUAUUAGUUUAGACGUCCUGUGUUCACAAAGACUUUUUGUGUUUUGUGACAACGAAGAGUACCAGUUUAAUUUCAGGGAUAUUCGCAACAGAAUUACAUCGGAAAGAGAGAAAGGACUACAAAAAUCUGGCAAUGCGUCAAAGAGUUUUGAGCUCUUCAGCUCGCAGACGUACAACAGUGACCUCAGUUCCGGAGGCGCGGAAGGGAUAUCGAGCGACAGCACGGCGGAUCCGUACUUUAGGAUUAACGAGAAACUACAGAGCGGUAAACCUGUGUCGAUCCACGUCAUCAACCCGCAGAAGUGGCUGAUCAACGACUGGAAUCGCUUCAGGUGUCCAGUCAACGCUUGCGUGUACAGCCUGGGGGAUGUGUCCGAAGAGACUGACGUCGUUCUGGUCCACGGGGUGAAACUGGACGAGGGGCUCCUGCCUCCCAAGAGGUGGCCGGGCCAGCUCUACGUCAUGUAUGGGCGCGAGUCGCCACUGCACUACGGGGGCGCUCUGGUGGAAGAAACCUCGUCCUGGAGAUACGCCUUCAACUUGACGUCAACUUACAGACAAGAUUCUGAUAUAUUUUGGCCUUACGGUGGUCUCAAAUACUCUGACUGGACGGCAAAUAGAAGCCCAGAGCUAGAAAGGAAAGCCCAAAAUAAAACUCGAAUGGUGGCCUGGUUGGUCAGCAACUGCCGAGCCCCUUCACUUAGGGCAGAGUAUGUGGCUGAAAUGAAGAAAUAUGUCGAGGUCGACAUCUACGGACAUUGUGGCAGUACCUCAGACUGUCCAGGGAACGACAAGGGCGUCUGCAUGGACUCUCUCCUAGAAAACUACAAGUUCUACCUCGCCUUUGAAAAUUCUAUGUGCCCAGAUUACAUCACGGAGAAAUUCUUCAAAGUCUUCCACCGGAAGUUAAACAUCGUCCCGGUAGUCAGAGGCGGAGCCGACUACGAUAGGCUGCUUCCCACAGGUUCAUUUAUCAACGCUGCCUGGUUUCGGACGGCUAAAGACCUAGCUGUGUAUUUGAAGUCUAUGUCUGAUACGACCUACCUCACUUACCUACAUAACAGCCAAAAGUUCAGAGAGUCCCGCUCUCUCUUUGUUCUGUGCAGGGUCUGCGACGCUAUCAUACUCCAAAAAACAGCGCCUAAAAUAUAUGAUAUUCAAACAUGGUUACAGCAACCGUGCCCUGUGCCGAAGUUUAGUUAGAACUUCCUAGUAAUCUAACAGUAUGACUAUUGCCCCGAUGCAUUUUUAACCGCGGAUAUAUAUUUAAAAAAUUGAAGAUCUGAAACUGGUCAACGUCAGUGUGAAAUAUCAAGUUACACCCUGCACGAGAUAUUGGAAAUGCAUUAAGAAAGUUUACAUUGCAUUGUAAAGAGUGAAUGUGUGCAAACUAUUUGGGUCAACAAAGUUAUACUCCAUUGUUGUACAAACAUUUUUUCAGCCUAGGGGCGAUAUAAAUUUCUCAAACAUGCUUCACGGGCAAAAAGUCGAAUCUAAUGACAUCAAAUCCAAUGAAACGAAUCCAAUGAAAUCGAAUCUAAAGAAUUCGAAUCCAACUAAAUUGAAUCCAAUGUUGUCGAAUCUUUCGCGACUUUAUUACUCACUGAGGGCAUACGUUUCCGCGAGCUGAAUAAAACCGCUCCACAGGUCGGAUGUGGCCCGCUGGCCGUAGUUUGGUCAUCAUUGUGGGGGUUAAUAUAUCGUGCAUAAAUAUCGCUGCUUUAGCCUGAAUAUGUUAUUCUAGCAGAGGCGGCCUUAGCUGCACGUGGGGCCCUGUGCGAAUGUCACGGGCCUAACUUUGUGGCUGAGGGACAAAAACCGCUGUUCGAAUUCGAAUUUCAACUCGAGCUGAAUUGUGUUUGCUGAGCCCCUAAUGACAGCACGGAAAACCUUCUCCCAGAAACUCCGUCACCCCAAGGGUCAAUAAUAAAAGAGACCAGAGAGCCAUGUGCAUGGUUAUAUCGUGAAAGUCGCGCUAUACAAAGGUAUAUAAAAAAAACAACAACAUAUCAUUCUAAAAUCUUUCACUUUGAUUGCUAAAGGUGCCAGGAAAGCCUUAACUCUUUCUCUCCAUAAUUAUUUACCACAUUCUGAUGGAAUCAACGCUGGUAUCGUCAGUUAGGAGAGAAAGAGUUAACAACCAUGUCUAAAAGUAUGUCACGGCUUCUGUUUUAAAAUAGUCAUAAUAAUAAUCCGUCUAUAGCGUAUUGGAAAGAUAAAUUAGAUGAGUGCCAUUUUUGUUUGAUGGUCUGAUGGUGAUAAAAGAAUCUCCAUAUCGCGGUGACCCUGUCGGGGGGGGGGGGGGCGGCGUUUUGCCUCACUGUCCACCACCUAAGGCCGCCUCUGAUUCUAGUCACUAAGUCGCAUUAUUAAAUAUAUUAUUCACCAAAUUGGCAGACUGUCGGCCAUUUGUAAUAUACUUCACUGGAAUGUUUGCAUAAUGUCGAUGUUUUAAGAUUUUAUAUAGGCCUAUGUCAGUUUAUGUGAUACAUUAACUUUAUAAGUUGAAUUGCAGUUUUGGUCAAUUAUGAUAUCUCUGGACUAGAUCUAUAUACUCUGGAAUCUGGAAAGCUGACUGAUCGUGCGGUAUGCGCGCUAGACUGUCGUUCGGUCAACAAAUUUUGUCCAUUAGUGUCAAGAAACUAGGUCUAGAUCUACUAAUGGCGUACCAAUAAAGGAUGUAUUUCUUUACUGUACAAAAGCUGCAUUUACAACUUGCAAGUUUUUUAUUAGAAGAUACAAAGUUCAGGCCAUCGCUUUUCGUUUCGUUCAUAUGUCGUAUGUUUCAUACAAAUCAUACAUCACACGACAUCAUCUUACAAAAUUAUGAUUAAAAAUUGGAU